UUCCGGAACAUUAGCUGUGUCUAAGUUUAACCUCUCAUAUCCAUAAAUAUUCACUUACUUAAUAAGUACUCAAAGUGAAAAUAUUUAUUUUAGCAAUCCCACUGAUAAAAAUUAAAAAGUUUUUUAUUUCAUCAUUAAUUUUUACACGAGUUUAUAAUGUCAUUGCUUUGUCCACAAAACCAACCACUUACAUCUCAAGACAAUAAUUAUCAGCCACAUGUGGGCACCUUAAAUGUAAGUACAACUCCGAAUAGCAUUUACGGAUCUCAGGUUACGAUGAAUCAGCAUCAGCAGUACUUACAAAUAUCAAUUGUUGCUGAUAACCCUCCAAUGGCUAAUUCAGAUGCUGGGCAACAUCAGCCAGCUUAUAAGGUUACCAGUUCUCAAGCAAAUAUUAAAAACGUGAUUGUCAAUAAUAAUUCAACUGGGCAAGUAAAUACUCCUAACCUUAUUGCUGAUAAUAAUAAUAAUAAUAAUAAUAAUAAUAAUGACAACAACAACAACAAUAAUAAUAAUUAUAAACCAACUGAAUUGAUUAUUCCUGUUGAUAAGUUGUCGAGCCCACAACUUGGACAAUUAAACAUACCGAUGAACAGUGUUCAAAAGACUUGUCCAGAAUUAUACAGGAAAAUAUACAAGAAAACUGAACAUGGCUAUCAGUUAAACAGUAUUUCAAGUCUUGCUCCAAAAUUACAGAACAAUGUAUACAUAAAAACUCAACAUGGCUAUCAGUUGCUAAAAAUCAGUAUUCCAGAAGCUGGCACUCAAUCAGUUUCUCAAACUGCUCAAGCAGGAUCAACUGAAAUCAAGACAACUGCUUCAACUACACCAACUUCAGUAGUUUAUAGUGUAGCAUCACCAGCUUCAGCAGCAACCGCUGAUCCAGGAGUACCCACUUUGACUAAAACUAAAGUACUUCCAAUAAGUUUAAAUAAAACAACUCCAAAGAUAUCAACAACAUUUCAAUCCGAUCAACAGAAAGUAAUGAUAAACAAAAUGGUUCAAAAAUGUUGUGUCUUUUUUAACAACUUGUUAGCUGAAGCAAGCACAAUUCAGCAAGGCAAUACCAGAAAUGUUAAAAGUAAUUUAACCAAAUUAAUCCAAGAUGUUAUUGAUAAUAAAAUAGAAGCCAAGCAAUUUGCUGAUAGGCUUGAGUUGAUGUUGAAUGCUGUCCGGCAGCCACUGCUUGUUGAUUUUCUGACUAAAAGUCUGCCGCAAUUGAGAACGUCUCUGUAUCUCAAACAGAUGACUAUCCAUGGCAUCAGACCACCACCACCAACAGUUGCUCUUUCUACUUUACAAUUGGCACCAACAAGUGUCAAACAGCAGAGUUUAAUUAAAUCAAAGGUUAAAUCGCCGGUAUCAGAUAACCCUUCAAGACAACUGCCAGUAACCACGACAAUUCCUCCAGCAAGGAUAACAAUACCCUCAGGAUUUGUAAUGAUGCCUCCAGCAUCUGCUGCGACGCCUCGAACAACUUGGGCGAUGCCUCCAGCGACUUUGGCGAUGCCUUCAGCAAUUGUGACAAAGUCUUCAACAACUGUGACAAUUCCUCCAAGAACUUUGUCGAUAGCUUCUACAACUUUGGCGAUGUCUCCAGCAACUGUUGCGAUGCCUUCAACGACUGUGACAAAGCCUUCAGCAACUGUAGCAAUUCCUUCAAGAACUUUGUCGAUCCCUUCUAAAACUUUGGUGAUGCCUACAGCAACUGUUACCAUGCCUUCAGCAAGGUUCAUGGUACCUCCUACAACGGUAACAAAGGCUCCAGCGACUACUCAAAUAAAACCUUAUCAAUCUUCAUCUAAAAGUGUACGACCUACAAAAAAAUUAGUUCGCACUGAUAAUUUAAAACCUACUCCAGUAGUUGGUACAAAAAUUACUAAGACAAUUGGUCACCAAUCACCACUGACGACUACUUCAAAUAUCCAACAGUUACCAACUAUUUUUAAUCCAACGAUCCAGCAAUCAUCAACACAUACUUCUGCAAAUUUUAAUAAAUUUUCAGAAGAUAAUAAAAAAAUAAAUAUUGCAAUUGGUGUGAGAGAAAAAAAAACUGAUUCAUCAAUUAAAACAAAUGAAGACGAACUUAAUGAUGUCAUAACUAUGGGAGGGAUUGACAUUGCUGAAGAAUCUAAAGCAAUUCUCAGUUCAACAGAGAAAGUUGGCACGAAAGUACGAUCAUGUAAAGAAAAAUUAUUUCUAAAUUCGACAUCUUUACAAAAUAAAAUUAAACAAAUGUUACUAAAACACGGACUAGAAGGAGCUGAGUCAGAUGUUAUUGCUCUGGUAUCACAUGCGACUGAGCAGAGACUCAGGGGUCUCGUUGAAAAAAUGUCUACAAUUAGUGAACAUCGGCUGGAUUUUAACAGAAAUGAUCCGCGGUACGAAGUGACCCAGGAUGUUAGAGCCCAGCUGCGAUUCCUCCAGGAAGUGGACAAAGCGGCGGUUCAGAAACGUGAAGCCAAAGAGCUUGCACUGAUGUUGAAGGCGAGUAAGCGUAAGUCGAAAGAUGAUGAGCAGAUAAAGUUAAAGGAGAAGGCUAAAGAGAUGCAAAAAGCUGAAAUGGAAAAAAAACGACAACGCGAUGCUGAUAUAACAGCAUUACAGGCGUUGGGUCCAAGGAAGAAGCCAAGAUUUGAUGCAGACAUGACUAGUUCUGCAGCUUCUGGGUUAUCCAGACAACCUUUCAGACCAAGGACUAAGAAAAUUUGCAUGAAAGAUUUACUAUUUGUUCUUCAGGAAGAACAAUCAUCAUGCAGAAGUACGUUUCUUUAUAAAUCAUAUUUGAAAUAUUAAUGAAACGGCCGUUUAAGUUUUUUAAAUUUUUAUAUGUAUAUAUUUUUGAAAUCUAAU